GAUGAUGAUGAUGAUGAUGAUGACGGUGAUGGUGAUGACGAUGAUGACGAUGAUGAUGAUGACGAUGAUGAUGAUGAUGAUGAUGAUGAUGAUGAUGAUGAUGAUGAUGAUGAUGAUGAUGAUGAUGAUGAUGAUGAUGAUGAUGAUGAUGAGAAAACUUCACUCGAGGACCAACCGAUUCAGAUACCAAGGGUAUGGAUAGAGUCAGGUCGAAUUGGUGCAGGCACACAACCGCUAUAUUCCGAACAAACCAGUGCGAUAGCGCAACUGAAUGUGCUGCACCAGGCCGCCUCAUGUUUCAGUCGCUGCAGUAUUCGAGAUGUCGCGUUACAUGUAUAUCUUUGUAAUGACCUACACUUAAGGUUGCAGAAAAUCCGUCGACAUCCCACGACCGGUUUCGCCCUUUUUGGGGCGAGAGAUUCAGUUGGGUUCCAGGUGAGUCUCUCGAAAAACCAAAUUAGUUUGCGAAUGAGUGUACAUUCGCUAAUUUCGUGCAAUUUGGUUCCAACUGUAGCACCCUUCCGUUGCCUACCUGCCAUGCUACUCAAAGGUUGCACGAGGGCUGGGCUACUGCCAGGCUGCCCAAGCCUAGACAGGAGAAGUCAAGAGGAAGAGGUUGGACAAAUAACAUUGCAAGGUGACCACACUAAUGAAGAGGCUGCCUUUCGAGUAACACACGUAUUUGCCAAUCAAUUUGGUUUUACACGACAGGCUCAACUGAAUCUCUCGUUUAUAAUAUUCUACAAC